CAAACUCUAUUUAUACUUCUGGGGUAAUCCCAAUUUCGCGAUUUUGGGUUUCUUAGGGUUUCACUCUCGUCUUCGUUGUAUCUUUGUAAUCGAGGUUUCAGUUUUAUUUAUUUUGUUAUUGAUCGAUAUGGAUAAUAACAAUUGGGAGCCUGCCAAAAUCGAAUCUAAUAUGGAUGCUACUGAUUGGAGAACACAACUUCAACUUGAUUCUCGACAGAGAAUUGUUACCAAGAUAAUGGAAACUCUAAAGAGAUGCAUUCCGAUUUCUGGGCCAAAGGAAUUGGUGGAGCUUCAUGAAAUUGCUGUUAGAUUCGAGGAAAAAAUAUUCACUGCUGCAACAAGUCAGACGGAUUACCUAAGAAAAUUAUCUUUGAAGAUGCUGGCACUGGGGACAAAAUCUCGGACAAAUGGAGUUGCUAAUUCUUUACCAUUAAAUACUGGCGGUGGUAGCCAAAAUCCUCAAGAUCCAGCGUCUCACAGUGUGCAGUCCGAAGGGCGCAACCCAGGGCAGUCACAAAUUCCUUUAGACAACCAGUCUCAAGCACGGCAGCAGCUGUUAUCCCAGAAUAUUCAGAAUAACAUUACAAAUUCUGGGAUCCAAGGACCUGUGGCAUUGUCUUCUGCAUUGCCAUCUGGGGCCAAUCUCACUCAAUCCUCGCCGUUAAUCAGGUAUCCGACAUGCAUGGAAUUUCACAGACUUCAUCUGUGAAUCUAGGAUCUAUAAUUGACUGGCAACUAAAAAGGUUCAUAUUUUGUUUUCAUGUUUGGUGGUGAUUUGACCACUGCAAUGGUGGUAGACAAUUUGCACCAGAACGCUGUUAACAUUAAGUUUUCCAUUGUUAUAUAUUGAUCAGCUGUGCGGUUGACCGGAAUUUAAAAUGUGAAGUAACAAUGUUUUUGUUCUUCGUA